UUUCUACUUCCCUCAUUAGUGAUGGAGCCUGCUUCCCAUAAGACUGAUAAGCACCAGCCAAAGUGGGAAGGAAAGGCUUGUGCAGGGUUAAAAGGCCCCAGAGCAGAGCAAAUAUGGCCUCUCUUGGAGGAUUUCUGCAGCCUGCACAAGUGGUUCCCAACUCUCACCACAUGCCUUCCCUUGGAAGGUGUCUCCGGUCAGCCAGGCUGCGUCCGAUACUGUGCUGGCUUUAAAACUCCAGCAGAUACUGGCAAUGGGGAGACUCUGAAUUGGACCAAACAGAAGCUACUGUCCAUUGAUCCAACUGAAAUGACUUUUACCUAUUGCAUCAUAGAUGGGAAUGUUGGGUUUAACUCAUAUCUUACCACUAUAAAGGUGCUGCCCAGGGAAGAUGGAUGCAGAAUCCAGUGGCAGUAUGAGGUUGAGCCUGUGGAAGGGUGGACUCCUGAGAUGUUGGAUUCUUUUAUAAGCUCUGGUUUGAGAGUCAUGGCAGAGAGAAUGGAAAAAGCUCCCCACACCUCUAUUUGAUAUUUGGAGUUACUAUUGAUGAUGUUCUAACUGUUAUUGCUAUCUUUGUCGUUGAUUUCUAUUGGUUGCCAUAUAUGUUUGAUGUUGGAACUCGGAGGAUGUUGCUGCUCUUGGGGUAUAACCUUUCUGGAAAGUGUGGAUCCACAGCCCCUUUAGCUUUCAAUAAUGUCAUUAAAAUCCCAUGACUAAGUCCAUUUUCUGUAAGUUUCUUUAAUUUACUUCCAUUUACUGUCCAGCAGAUGGGAAAAUACUCCCUUAAAUUUUGCCCCCUUGAAACAAAAUCCUAAAUUUGACCAAGGAUUGGGUGAAUCUGUUACUAGACAUGAAGAAGUCAUAUAUUUCAUUCCAGUGGCUUAUGAGAAAAUACCUGCCUUGCGUAGAA